UUUCAUCAAAUCAAUUCUUAAAAGGCAGUGAUGCGGUGCAUUGGUGUAAAGGCCGAGCUGAACAUCAUUUGUGCUCAAAAUAUCAAUUUGACCUACCUGAAGAAAUGAAGCUGGAUUACCAGAUCUAAAAAUAGCGGCAGGGUCUAUUAUUAUCACACGCGUUUUAUGGAUAUCAAAACAGAUUGGCAUCGACAUUGUUUGGGGAAUGUGCUGCGGGGGAUAGAAUGACACAAUACGCUUGGAUGUUCACAUGUGAGUGGAGAGACUUUGAUGGUAGAGACUUGUAUGAUGGAACUUGCUACCAAUUUAUGGAUGUCAUUUAAAAUGAUGCGCUUGAUUUGGGAUUCAUCGCUAAUCAUUACUGUGUUUUCUGGAGCAUGCAUUAUGUGAUACCAUGGUGAUACUAUUGGAGCCUUUUAGGUUGAGUUCUUAUUUUAUCAAAGCCAAAUAGGAUUAUGCGAUCAUUUCUGAUAUAGCAUGCUCGCCAUGGAUGAACAUCGAUUUGACAUAGUGCUAUUUUGAUGGUGAUGGAAUAAGACGCUCUGUAAUGCGAGAUCUAAGGCAGAUGACCUUUUUGUCAAAGUUGGUAUUACUUUUGAUUGAACCAUGCAACAUAAACCUGAACAGAGUCCAGGCAAUGUAUGCUUUUAGCGUUCUAUGGGAAGUAUUUGAGCGCAAAGGAAGUGCAGUUUGAGCUAGCAAUGUGAGCUCCAAAGAGCGUGUAAAAUUCAGCAGUACUUUAUAAACACUCUUGCGGAUAACAGGAUGUUUAUUGGACACAGUUAAAACAAGUCGAAGCGUUUAAAAAUGUUGGACAACAAAUCACCGGUGCAAGGAUUUAACCGUGUAUGCUUUGGAGUGUCGUCAUUUCAUCCACUAUGAUUCCUGACUUGAAUAUAAUGAUCUCCUAGACAGUAUCCCCUAGGGGAUAUCAACAGUGGACCUUUACAUUUCUCCCCAUUUGGAUUCUGUCUUUUUCGCUCACCCCCAAAGCCAUGAUACGGCAGGACGGGCUUCUCCCCAAAGGAGGCGGGGGACGUAAACGACGAUGGUCUGUUCCCGGCUUGAAGACACCAUCCUACGUUCGAUCCUGUUUUCCAGGAGUUGGUAAAGGAAGUGCCAGGGUUCGUCUGAGACACAGCAGCAGUGGCAGUAUUGCAUCUGUUGACUUGAGUUCCUUUGCGAUGCCCUUCUUGGAGAGUGAAGAACGAUCUCCCGGGAGCUCACAAGCAGGAAGCAAUUCAUCUUCCCCUGGAGGAAGUCUAACAAACAUCGACAACAACAGCAGAAGAUACACCUUCCCUAGCAAUAGCUCUAAACCGGGUAAAAGGAGAUGGCACAGUGGACCAGCGCCCUCUACAUCUGGUCAACAAUCUCCUAGCUCUGGAAAACUACUCUACAGCACAUCACAAUCAAGAUCAGUAGUUGGAUCCCCGAGCGCCACCACCACUCAGCCACAUUCUUACGUGAGUGGCCUUCAACAACUCAGACUGCAGGACUACAACAGGGAGCCGGAGAGGAGACUGCCUCGGCGGGUCCUUGUCCGGCAGUUCUCGGACCAGGGAGAGUCGGUCUCUGUACCUUUCCAUCCGAAGAUAAAGACUUUGGAGCCUCUUAGAGUUCGAUCCUACUCAGAGUCCUAUGUUAAAAAGAAAGAGGAGGAAGACAUGACCUUUGUGCGGUUCAUGAAGAAUCACAAAUGCUACGAGAUCAUCCCCACCAGCUCCAAACUAGUCGUCUUCGAUGCAGAGUUAUUGGUAAAGAAGGCUUUCUAUGCUUUGGUGUACAAUGGUGUCAGAGCAGCUCCACUAUGGGACAGCACAAAACAAGACUUUGUGGGUAUGCUGACAAUAACAGAUUUCAUCAACAUCCUACAGUACUAUUACAAAUCACCAUUGGUUAAGAUGGAUGAGUUAGAAGAGCACAAGAUAGCAACAUGGAGAGAGGUGUUAAAGGAGAAAGCCAGACCACUUGUAUGGAUCAAUCCAGACCAAAGUUUGUUUGAGGCUGUUAAGAUGUUGAUUCAACAGAAGAUCCACAGGUUACCUGUUAUAGACCAAGCCACAGGAAACGUCAUCUACAUCCUAACUCACAAACGGAUACUCAAGUUCCUUGCUCUGCUGCAAAAAACUGAAAUAAAGAGCCCAUCUUUCCUGAAGAAGACACUGAAAGAACUCAACAUCGGGACAUACAACAACAUCGCCACUGCCCGACCAGAUACACCUCUGAUAACAGCUCUCAGUAUGUUCAUCAAUAAGAGGGUAUCAGCCUUGCCUAUCGUUGAUGAGAACAACAAGAUUGUUGACAUCUAUGCCAAGUUUGAUGUCAUCAAUCUUGCCGCAGAGAAAACCUAUAACAAUCUAGACAUCACAAUCCAACAAGCACUACAGUUCCGACAGACGUACUUUGAAGGUGUGAGUACUUGCAAAGCUACAGAGACGUUAGAAACAAUCAUGGAUAGGAUUAUCAAAGCUGGGGUCCAUAGGUUAGUUGUGACUGACGAUGAGAAGCAUGUCAUAGGUAUCAUCUCACUCUCAGACAUCCUCAAUAGUUUAGUGCUCAAACCAGCGGGUGUACCCAGUAGAAAGAGCAGCUCAUCUUCAUCGACACAGGGGUCACCACGGGUAUAGCAGGGUCACCAGCAGAGGGCGGUAUAUAAGAAGUACUAGCAUUUAGUUAUCGCUUCCAACCUUCUUCGUGGAUCUUUUCAAAGAAGGCUUUGUGUUUGAAGAGAACCAGUGAGGACACUGUGAUGGACUAUUGGAUGGUGAUUCCAGCAAAGGUUUGCCUGACAUGGCACCCUGCUCUCUAAGAGGUCAUGCAAGGCUACACUCUCCAUUGGUCUAAUACCAAUUGGUCCUAUAGACAAAUUUGUCAGACUCUUUGUGGUCAGACUACAGCCGGUUUGUCAACUUGCCGUGCUGUCUGUAAGGGAACCCCAUUCUUAUAUAUUUGACCAAGAAGUAGUUAGACCAAGUGAUGAGGGUUAGUGCCAGUUAAAAAAAAAAAUUAAAUGUGAAGGAAAACGUUUGGCCCAAAUGAUGAAAGACCGGUUGGAAAUUAGACCAAGUGGUGUUUAGCUAUGUUUGCAUAAGCAUGAAAAGGCCUUCAACCACCCAAGUUGUUCCGUGAUAAAUUUUCACCAUCUUAUUUCACUGUCAACACUUGUUUUCAUAAUGUUAUGAAAUGAUAAAUUAUAUUUUAUUUUUAUUGAAGAAUUAUUAUGCAGUCGCUCAAAGCACACCGUUGACAAAAUUUUCUUUUUAGUUUUGCUUGCAGAACCUUAGGCAAUAUAUCAUUCACUAGCACAUGUGUACUGAGUUAUUUCUUUGUGUAUUAUUGGCUUUUCAAAAGCAACAUUUCAGACAAGAAUUGAAAUGACCUUUAAGCCUACAUCUAAUGCAGGCUUUUCCAGAAUUGCAAACCCUCCAUGUGUAGACAAUUG